AUGUAUGUGAAAUGGUUUGAUACAGUAAUGUUUUACUAUGUGAUUUUAGUGUAUUUAGUGAAUGUCACUUUUUGUCAUUUUCAAAUUCCCGCUGUUCUGUCCCCAUACGUCCCGACGCUCGCAGAGGACGGAACCCAGAUGACAGAUGUCGGCAUCCGCCGGAUUACGUUACCAGGGACACUGCAGGAGGGACAUCGCGGGAGCGCAGGACAAGGUAAGUGAAGAACAGAUCCCGGAGCAGCGCCGCAUGGUAAGCACGAGUGUAGGUCGGGGUUACCGCUUUUGCUACACUCGGGAAUACCGCCAGGGAGGAUACG